CCCUCUAUUGAUGAAAACCGUAGAGUCCAUAUCAUAGCGACCAAAACAUGGCGAUGUCAACCGAAAUAAAUUGAUUAGACCAAGCAUCAAGGAAAGAAAUUCACUGAAUGAGCAAAGGAGCAAGAAACACAAGUAUGAUGUCCCAAACAUGUAACAAAAUACUUCUGCACUAGUUAACACAAGAACAGUACAAAGUUAGAGAUGUCCGACGUGGUGGCCAAAAUCUUGAAGGAGCACCAGAGGAGACCGGGUCAGCUGGAGACAGAGACCAAAGGCCAGUUCUUCUGGAGAAUACUGCGAGAGUCUAUAAGGGACACCACUAAACUUGUCUCUAAUGCUGAUAGUAAAACCAUUCAUAUUGGUCAUGGGGUUCACCACACUAGGAAGAUCAACCACAUGGAACCUAUCAACGAUGUACUCUUUAAUCCACAAACACAGGAGUACCAGACAGUUGACUCGCGUGGGAUCAAUAUCUUUCACCAUGAUGGUCGCUAUAAAGGACAUGUACAACCAGAGGAACCCAUUGAUAGACUGGUGUUCUGUAAAGGAUCUAAACGAUAUGUGGGAUGGACACCAGAUGAAGUCUUUAUCAAGAUGUUUGCCCCAAGCUUUGAGCUGAUCUCUGAGGCCAAGUCACCCCACCCUAUCACAUGUGUGUUGUAUAAUGAGCAACAGAAUGAAGUCAUCAGUGCUGGACAUGGUCAUAUCAUGUCUUGGUGCUUCCGUUACGGUGCUAAGCAUCUGGUCCCUCAGAAGGUAGUCCAGGACAGCUUCUUUGCUCAGGAUACCUUCACCAUGUUAGCAGUGGAGAACACCGCUAGUAGAGCUCAGCAGUGCUAUGCAGUAUGUGAGUCAAACAUCGCUGUCUUCAAUCUACAUGACGGCAUCAUGCUGGAGUAUAAGCGCAAUCUGCAUGUCAGGAAAAUCACUAGUGUGCUGUUCUUCAACCCUCUCAAGUACCUAGUGACAGGUGCACGGGAUGGAUCCAUCAAGGUAUGGGAUACUGAUUGGCAUCUCAAGCUGGUCUUUGUGGGUCAUCGGGGUCCUGUCACAGCUCUCUCUAUCUACCCCUAUGGACCCUACAUCAUGUCUGGCUCUGAAGAUACUACCAUCAGGGUCUGGAGUUUAGAGACUUGUGAUGAGGUCGAUCUAAUUGAAGCUGGGAUUCCGAUUGCAGGACUAGGCACACAACUCAGAAAAGAUGAUGUUUUCUCUUUUUCUGAUACAUCGGUAGACCUAUGGAAACUACGCCACAUACACAAUCUGUUUACUACUGUAGGGAGCAAAGUGAACAAAAUUAAUAUGACGACGCAUCCUGACGUGACAUCGAGAGCCAUGUGUGUAUGUCGUGAUGGUACUGUACGUAUUGUAACUCCUGGUAGCGGUGAUGUCCUGACUACAUACCUAGCUGAUGAUGCACAGCAGGGGGUAGUAGAUGCAGCAUAUGCAGGCAAUGAGAAUGUCUUAUUUGCCAUCCUGAAGUCUGGUCAGAUCAUCAAAGCUGAUACGUCAGUCAACCCCUGUAAGGUAGUCAGCACCUGGACCCCUCCCUCAGGUAACGCUAAGGACAAGAACUCUCUCAACUGCAUCUGUCUGUAUGAAUACGUGGUUCAAUCUACUAUGCAGAAUGAUACAUGGAAGGGAAUCCUCAAGACGUUAGCAGCUACCAAUGCGAUGGAUGACAAACAGAAUAAGAGUAAGGAUCGCACCCUGCUCAUCGGUGGUCGUAAGGAUGGUUAUGUCGCUGUCUUGGACUGGAAAACAUUGAAAUGUGUCUUCAAGACUGACGCUCAUGGCUAUAAAGGUGUGUUAGGAGUUGCAACCAAUGCCAAGCAUGAUCAACUUGUUACAGCAGGACUGGAUUGUGGAAUGAUCAAAGAUGAUAACGUUAUCAAAGUUUGGCGAGUAUUUCCUUUUGCUGAGGAGGCGUUGACACCUCUCAUGUCAAUCUACUGUGCUCAUAUGCCUCUCCAUAUGACUGUGAUGAAAACUACACUCUGCGUCGCUUUCCAGGAUCCAAACACCGCCACCUACAGUCUGGUUCAUUACAAUCUUAUCAAUAAGAGUCGUAAUGAUCACAGCCCAGAUGAGGAUCAUAUUGAUAACAUUACUGGCAUAGCCUGUAACCCACGCAUGAAAGUAUUUGCUUCAACUAGCAAUGAUGGUACCAUCAAAAUAUGGGAUGACUACAAUAGACUUAUCAGAUGUAUCAAGCUGAAUGCAGAACCAUAUGGUGUAGAUUUCUGUAGCCAGCGAGGAGAUCUCUUGGUUGGUAUCGGAAAUCAUAUCCAUCGUAUCAGUCAUGAUAGCUACAUGCCUAAGACAUACCUACGUAAGAUGGUAUCUAUGGUGUUUCCUGAGGUACCCUCUGAGCCAUCGUUAGAGUAUGAACUAGACGGUAUCAGAGCUCUUACACCACUCAGCCAUAAGAGACUCAAAGCAGCUCACUCUUCACUCUUCAGAUUUGAGCGUUUUGUGGACACACUGACAGAAGAAGAGACAGAUCGGAUAACAAGGGAGAAAGAGGAGAAAGAAGAGGCUUACGCCAGGCUGGCAGCAAGAGAAGAAGAGCUCCGCAAGCUCCGAGAUGGUGAAUUUGAGUUCUCCAAGGCCAAUGCUAUCAAGAGGGGCACAUCAGCUGCAAACAGGGUCAAGAACGAGGGUUUCCGUUCCUACUGGGACCAGGUCCAUAUUGAGACCCACAGACCAGACAUUCCAGACUAUGAUGAUUGGGACCUGACUAGACCUAUUGUGGAUUAUGAUCCAGAGAGAAAGUGGAUGCCAGAGAGAGAACCUGUGGGAUUCUUCCCAGACCCAUCUCUAGCUAGAUGGUCUCAUCGCAAACCUGGCCAGCUCAAACCUAUCUUUGUGGAUAAGAAUAAACCUAUCGAAACGGAUGAAAAUGAAGAUGAGGCAAAUGAAAACAAGAUGGUGGAGAAGAAAGAUGAAGGAACAAUGAUGUCAAAGAUAGAGAUGGAAGAAAAUGAAGAAGAAAAAGAGGUGGAGGAGAAGAUGGAAACUGACGGGAAUCAAGCUGAUGACGAGCAGGAGGAAGAGAAUAUAGAGAAAGAAGAGAAAAUGGACACGGGAGAAGAAGAAGAAGAAGAAGAGGAGGAGGAAGAGGAGGAGGAGAAGGAGGCUCAUCCUCUACCAAUCCAUCCUCGAGGAUUCAUCCCUAACUCCGUGCUUGUUCGACUGAUCUGGCCUCCUGAAGAGACGGCUAAGAUCAUGGAAGAUAGAUACCGUCCUCCUCAGCUGGAUGAAGAUCAACUUGCUCAGGUUGCUCUUCAUAAGCAGUUUAUUGCUGAAACAGAAACAGAGCGAGUCAUAAUUUGGUCUGAGGAAGAAGAGGAGACUCCUUUACCUGAUGGGAGCAAACAGGAGGAUGUUGAGAAGAAGAAAUCUGUGGAUGACCUGGACUUUGGUUCUCCGUCCACCUCCCACCUUGCCAAGAGGCUCGGCAUCAACCUAGAGGAACCAACCACACCCGAGGACUUAGAGGUAGAGAAGGACCCCACCCCUACCCCUCCUCCAACCCCACCCCCAGAAGAGCCUAAGGAGGAGCCAGUCAAGCCCCCACCCAAGAAAACCACCAAGAUGAAGGUUGAGAAGCUGAUCUCCAAACCCAAGACACCACCUCCCAAGGAGCCAACGCCCACUCCCCCUCCACCACCAACGCCUUCUCCACCACGCCCUCCUACACCCUUGCCACAGUUUAUCACACAGUUUAAAGGGUCUGAGUGGUUUGAGCAGUACUUCCCUAAUGCUACCAAUAGGAGCUUCCCUAAACCGUGGACAGUGAGUGCCUUUGUGACCAUGCUCCUACGUCUCCUCAAGAUUGCAGACUAUGGUAUGAAGACUCCUAUCCUCUAUGCUAUUUUAGCUCUACAUCAACAGGAUCCUAUCCCUAAUGUGGAAUCAGUCAUGGAUCUUAUUCUAUCUAUCCUCAACAAGAACAUUGGACCAACAUGCCAGGAUGAAGAUCAAAAGGACUUCAUAGUUGCGUGUCUGCAUUUCUUCAAGGCACAUGGCAAGUUUAGCAAGAAGGUGGUAGUUGAGAUCAUGGUUGAGUUCGUUGAUGGUGAUAAGAUGGUCAGAGAGAUGGCUCAUGAUCUGUUUAUCCACAUGGGGCUUGAAGAUGCUCAUAACUACUUUGUCAAGGAGCUAGAUAGCUGGGAUGUAUGGGGCAUAGAAGAGGAGAGUAGAAAGAAAGAAGUCAGAGAGAUGGCAACUAUGUGGCUAGAACAAUGGAUGGCAUUGUUUAAGGGUCAUCUGAAGAGGUCUAUAGAGCAGCUGCAGAAAGGCAAGUUAGCAGGGAAGAUUGCUCGUAAGAAAAGUAUUGGUGGAGGUACAAAGACUUCUGGCUCUCCUACUAAGAGAACUAUCAAGCAACCUGUAGAGGCACCUGUACCCACUGAGCAAGGAUCCCUGGAUAGCUCAGACAAGCUUUCUGAAGCAGGUGGAUCUGAUUCUAAGAGUGUCAAAUCAGAAGCUACUAGUAAGGGUGAUUCAGCGACUAAACCUAAACCACCACCACAGAAAUCUAUCACAGUGACAUUCAACGUACCACCUGAUAUGUCAGCUCUAGAUAACAUCCAACCCAUCGAAGCCAUCAAUUACUUUGUAGAGAUGGAGGUGGAACGCCAUCUUGAGAAGCUUAAGCAGGCUGCCGCCAAGGAACAAAGUAAGAAGGAAGAUGACAAGAAGAACACUGUCCUAGUUCUACCCAAGAUCAGAAGUGGAUCUGCUGGAGGGUCAUUGAUUGGAAGGGAUGACCUCAUCUCAGAGGAUGACUUCAUGUCAAGGGAUUUCUCAGAUGAAGAAUUAAAGAGGAGUGCGGCUGGUUCAUCAUCAGACUUCAAAAGAGCAAGAGAAUGGUGGGAGGAGAUGAAGAGAUCAAAGAAUAAGAAAAAGAAGCAGAAGGAAGAGAGGACAAGGAAAAGUAAGCCUAACCUGGUACGCCUCGGUGAGACUCAUACGAGUACAUGCAAGGACAGGAGAGAGACGGUACUCCAAACAGAAUUACGUCUACCACCCCUGCCUCAUCAGCUACGUAAGAAGAUGGAGGCGGAUGGUCUCUACACCUUCACGUCUAAGAUUGACUUCCCUUUGAAGACCUAUGUAUUGAACCCCUUCCCAUCACCUAUUGAUGUGUAUGAUGAGCUUCAUCAACCUAUCUUACUCACUCUCAAGACAUCACAGAAGUACUUUGUACCUGGUCAAUCUGUUGUUCAGUCUGAAAACUAUAGAUGAAGGAGCUAUAUAAGGACAAAUGGUCUGGGAGUUUUGCUUUCUGCAGCUCUACCUAUUUAUGGAGUUUUGAACAAACCCAGAUGUAUUAUAACCUUGACGAUUUGAAGCUGAUGUCUAGUUAGUACUUUAAGAUGGAAAGUUUUAUGACAUCAAAUUUUAAGUGAUGAUUGCAGAAGAAUUGAUGUGAAUCAUUGAUUAUUACCAUCAUCAUGAGACUUUCAGAUCAAUAUCAUUUUAGUCAUACUAACAAGUACCAUCCCUCCACUUGAGAAAUACAAUUAAUGUAAUUCUCAAAUAAACGAACAAAAGCAACAUAUAAAUAUCUCAACAUGAUUUACUUGGGCAUCAAAAUAAAAGAAUGAAAAUGAAAUGGGUGUACCGGUAUGGUAUUUGGUAUUGGUCAGUGUACUAUUAUCUGGAGCCUGUCUAUAUACAUAUAUGCAAUUGAUUUGCAUCAAUCGCAAUUCUUUUUGUAAUGGUACAAUAUAAUUCUUUUGUUUGCCUGUUUAAUUUGCCAACUGGUUUGUGGUAAACUAAGAGGAUUUAGUAAUGUUAAAGAGAGAAGAAGAAUAUCAGACUAAUAUUUCAUUUCCAAUGUAAAGCAUACAGCAAUAUUGUAUUCAGUAUAGUAAUUGACUACAUCAUUCCCUCUCAAAUGGAUUAAACAAGAUUGUAAUCAAGGUUGAAGGCUUCUUAAAGGAGAUCUAGUCCUGCAACUAAAAUAAUGUACCAUAAAUUUUGCAGUGAUGUGUGCAAAACCGUGGGCCGAUGAGCCUUGUAAAGGCACACAAAAUGUUUUUAGUUGCUUCAUGUUUUUAUGAUUUGUAACGGUUAAAACAGUGUUUCAUCAUGUAAACUAUUCACGAGCCCCCCCCCCCCCCCCCCCCAAGAGAACAAGCUUUUCUAUGUAAAGAAUAAAUAGCUAAGAAUUUAGAUGGCCAAAACUGCCGAAAGUGUUAUAAGGGUUUAGUGAAUAUUCAUGGCUCUCAAUGAAUGAGCAAUCAUUAGCAAGAACAUUCAUAGAAAAAUACCAAUUUGAUCAAAGUCUUUGCCCUUUUUUAAAUUUCUGAUAUAAUUGUGCUCUUUGAAACAGAUCAAUUUCAUCUUCAUUUUUUCAUCAUAUUGAUAACCAAAUUCAUAUAAAAAAAGAAAAAUCAUAUAUUAUAUUAUUAAAGGAUUUAUGAUAAAAACUGACAACUGUCAUAAUUUAGUGUUGUAUUGAAACCUUGCUAGUGUGGAAGUGUCUUCCUCACCUACUACAGUGAUAUUUCUAUAGAUGAAUAAAUAUAUUUGUAAUGAUAGUUGUCAUCGUAGAUGGUUACAUUUAUACACUGUCCAUAUAGAUGCAACACCUUUAAUAUAUGCAAGAAAUUCCACUGUAUAUCCCUCCAUGCACUAUUACCAUAAAGUUAUAUUUCUGUACCGAAAGUGUAAAUAGUAUUUAUGAUAUUCCAUUACUAAAUAUCAAAAGAAAAUGAUAAUUUAUACACAUAUUUGUAUCUAAUUGAGUGCCAUGUAUAUUUUUAUGUUGAUGUAUGCUAUACAUGUACAGAGAUAUUCUAAAAAGAAUGAUGAAUAAAUGUAUUUUGAAAAUGUAA